AUGGCCGCGGUUGUUGCGGUGGCGGCGGCAACCAGCUCAACCCGGGGCAAAGAGCCAAACCGGGCCGUGACCGUGCCAACUGCCCAAAAAUCGGGUGUCAGAAGCCAUACAUUGGUGUUAACACAGACUCCAGAAUCCUUGUCGGUGUCAGCAGGAGAAGAGCUCACACUGAGUUGUACACUGAGUGGGAUCGGUCCACCAGGAACGGUCAAGUGGCACAAGGGCCUAGACAGAAACCAGCCAGCCAUUUAUAGUCAAAAAGGAGAGUCUUCCCCCCGAGUGACAAGGGUUGUUCCUGGAUCCCUCGAUGACCUCUCCAUCACCAUCAAAAAUGUUCAACCUGAGGAUGCAGGAACUUAUUACUGUGUGAAAUACAGACAAAGAUCAGGGAGCCCAGAGACAGAAGAAACUGCUGGAAAAGGCACCGUGGUUUCUGUGAUUGAUCAACAGCUGUCCUCCUCCCCUAUCAGUCUCUGGGUUGGACUUUUCCUGAGCAAGAUUGUCACUGCUUUUUUCCUCCUUUACCUUUUUCUGAGAAAAGAGCGCAGCAAGAUGACUCCUAGAGAGACAGCUGGGAGCGGCUGAGAAAGCAAGACAAACCUUCUGCCUAGGAUUCCUUUGGGCCUCCUGUUCUUGCCAAUUUUCCAUCACCUGAGAAAAACCUGACAUGGAAAACCCGAUACCAAUAAUGUAUUCAAGUCUUUUGCUCCAAGUCUCAAGUCAAGUCUCACGUCUCUGCUUUCAAGUCACAAGUUGAGUCUAAAGUCCUUGCAAGAUACUUUCAAGUCAAGUUUCAAGUCCGGGAACCAUUUUAACAGAAAAAAAGGAGGUGGGGUGUGUUUCUCAGAGGAGAACAGUAAACACAUUGGGCAAUGGGCUCUAGGUGGGGGUUGAGGUCUACUCAGCAGCCUGUCCUUGCUGCACAUCGGAGGAGCCUUUGAAAGCUUCUCAAAAGCUUAAGGAGGAUCCUUCCAACUCAAGCCCAAUGCCGAACACAUUUGAUGUUCUGUUCCAAGAAAUGCGUCCCAUGCUCUGGCCAUGCCUGAUGCUUUAAGUGAAUUAUGUUAGCAAGUCAGUUACUAAAAAUA